AGUUGGUAUUUCCGAAAUUGGGGUAUGUGCUCAUGAUCCGGAGUAUGUCCGUCUACGAAGACUUGAAGAGUAUCUUCUCUUAAGAAAGAAGCAGAUCCUGCUUACUCUCCCGAGCCCAAGGCGCUGGUGGGUAAGGCCCAUCUGGCAAAACCGCAGGAGAGAGUCGGAGUUCCACACAUCGAUGCCUUUGCUUAUAAGUGGGGACACGGAGUACUUCCAGAAGUACUAUAAGAUGAGACCUGAAAAAUUUGAAGAGCUCCAUUCCCUGGUCGAAACACCACUCACAAGAGCUUACCUCACGCGGGAGCCGCUAUUAUCGCGGGCUAGACUUGCCAUGACACUCAGGUACUUAUCGUCUGGAAUGCAGAUACAGGACAUUGCUCUGGCCUUUAGAGUCGGAAUCUCGACAGCGGCGGGUGUCAUUCACUCCACCUGCAAGAUUCUCUGGACAGCUCUCCAACCCCUUUGUCUAAAGGUGCCAACUACUGAGAGAUGGCAGGAAGUUGCUGAGGGCUUCCAGAACAAGUGGAAUUUCCCCCACUGUGUUGGUGCUGUGGAUGGCAAACACAUCAAGAUUCAGGCACCACCGAAUUCUGGUAGCUUAUACUACAACUAUAAGGUGCAGUUUGCGGUACGUACUCUAUCGUACUAA